AUGGCUGUUGUCGACUUGGAUGACGAUGGCGAUGCAGAUGUCCAGCAGGUUGGAGCAUUUCCUUAUCCAGAAGCACAGAAGCGAAGUCGUGUAUUGGCUAGUGAGAAGGCCGUUCUGGUAACCGACAAGACCCCCAGCCCCGAAGCAGUCCUGCUGCGAUCCGCGAGACAGAGACUUGUUGAAAAGGUUGCAGGCAGCAGCUGCUUCGCAGUGAUUGCGCUAAAUGGUGCUUGGAUCCGUCCAUCGGAGGAGUUGCAAACCACAGUUAUCACAUCACCAACGCAGCGUGCCAUGCUGACAGCUCGGGUGGUGAGCGCUUUGCUCCCCAGGGCUCGGCGCGCCGAUGCUGCGAAAGUUCGACUGCGGCUGGCGACACGAGCUUUGCGGGUUGAGCAGGACGCAGAGGAGUCUGCAGCAGACGACGAGCAUGCCAAACAGGAUGUGGCGCUGGAUCUAGCAGAGCUCCUGGGACAAGAUCCGCAGGCUGAGCUGCAGCGACCCCGCGCUGCUGCUGUGCUAAUGCCGCCCGCACGAAAAGCCGAUGUCGGUGGCUCGGUCUUCGCCGACUACUUCUCCCUCUGGAUGGCAGCCUUGGCCGCCUUGGCGCUCAGCCAUCCCUGGCUAUUCUCGUGGGUCAGCCCGCGGAUCAGCCGAGCAUUGUUAGUGAACCUCGUGUUUAUGAUGGCGACCACUGCUCAUCCAGAGGACUUCAAAGCUUGCUUCUUAAAAGUUCGGCCGCUCUCAGUGAACUUCUUCGUUUGCUUCGCGGUCUUGCCGGCAGUGGCUUUGCUCAUCAGCCAGGUCCUGAACCUUGGCCAGGACUUCACUGUCGGCAUGGUCCUCAUGGGCGGCGUGAACGGAGGCUCGGCCUCGAACCUCUUCGCACUGCUCGCCGGUGGCGACGUCGCGCUGUCGGUGUUGAUGACCAUUACGACAACAAUUGGAGCAGUCGUUUGCACUCCUCUAGUUGCCAAAGUCUACGUGGGGGCCAUCGUGCCGGUGGACACCCUGGGCCUUCUGAAGUCUGCCGUGGAGAUUGUCCUGAUUCCCAUCCUGUGUGGUGUCAUGGUUAGAGCCCUGCUGCCAAUGACGGUGGCGAAGCUGGAGCCGUUGGUGCCAAGUCUCGGGCUGGGCUCCGCCCUGCCUUUGAUUGGAGGAGUCCUCGCAGGCAAUGCUAAGUCCAUCCUCGCUGCGGGCUUGUCGCUCCACAUUGCUGCAGUCGCAUUUCAUGCGAUUGCAGGUGCUCUAGGCUACUUCCUGGCGGCGCUGUCAGGAUCGGACGAGCGCGAGCGUCGCACAGUGGCAAUCGAGAUUGCCAUGAAGAACCAUGUCUUCGCUUGCAUGCUCGCGGCGACACACUUCGAGUCCGCAGCAGUUCAGAUCCCACCCGCCACGGCUUGCAUCUGGUGCCCGAUCAUUGCCGCUGGGAUGGCUGCCUAUUGGAAGGCACGGCCAGGCCAGCACCGCACGACAGCGCCCUCACAGAAUCCGGCGGCCACCGGCCGAGAGCAGAGAGCAGCUCAGGUGCCCUGUGAGGACUACCGGGCGGCAGGAAGUCGCGAGUCGUCUCGGUAA